CCCGCCCCUUCCUUUUUGGUGAAGGUAGCCUCCCUUCGGUCCCUGCCUCUCCUCCUGACUCACCGCUGUUCGCUCUCACCGAGGAAUAAGUCGGUCAGGAAGCCGCUUCACUGCCAUGGCAUUCAAAGACACCGGCAAGACACUUGUGGAGCCCGAAGUGGCCAUUCAUCGCAUCCGUAUCACUCUUACCAGCCGCAAUGUGAAGUCACUCGAGAAAGUGUGUGCUGACCUAAUUAGAGGAGCCAAAGAAAAAAACUUGAAAGUGAAGGGACCUGUUCGAAUGCCCACUAAGACACUUCGAAUCACAACUAGAAAAACUCCUUGCGGUGAAGGUUCAAAGACUUGGGAUCGCUUCCAGAUGAGAAUCCACAAACGCCUUAUUGAUUUGCACAGUCCUUCUGAAAUUGUUAAACAGAUCACUUCUAUCAGCAUUGAACCAGGUGUAGAAGUGGAAGUCACCAUUGCAGAUGCCUAAUCAGUCAUCUCUUUUAAUAAAUUGAUUGCAACUAUUAAA